AUGGAAGAGGAAGUUGCUGCUCUCGUUAUUGACAAUGGAUCCGGCAUGUGCAAGGCCGGUUUCGCCGGUGAUGAUGCUCCACGAGCCGUCUUUCCAUCCAUUGUCGGAAGACCCCGCCAUCAUGGUAUCAUGAUUGGUAUGGGUCAAAAGGACUCGUAUGUCGGUGAUGAGGCUCAGUCGAAGCGUGGUAUCCUUACCCUGAGAUACCCCAUCGAGCACGGUGUCGUCACAAACUGGGACGACAUGGAGAAGAUCUGGCAUCACACCUUCUACAAUGAAUUGCGUGUUGCCCCAGAGGAGCACCCAGUUCUCUUGACCGAAGCUCCAAUCAACCCCAAGUCCAACAGAGAGAAGAUGACACAGAUUGUCUUCGAGACAUUCAAUGCCCCAGCAUUCUACGUCUCCAUCCAGGCCGUCUUGUCUCUCUACGCUUCCGGUCGUACCACUGGUAUCGUGCUCGACUCCGGUGAUGGUGUCACCCACGUCGUUCCAAUCUACGAGGGUUUCGCUCUCCCACAGGCCAUCUCCCGUGUCGACAUGGCUGGUCGUGAUCUUACCGACUACCUCAUGAAGAUCUUGGCCGAGCGAGGAUACAGCUUCAGCACCACCGCUGAGCGUGAAAUCGUUCGUGACAUCAAGGAGAAGCUCUGCUACGUCGCCCUUGACUUCGAGCAGGAAAUCCAGACUGCCUCCCAGUCCUCCAGCUUGGAGAAGUCUUAUGAACUUCCUGACGGUCAGGUCAUCACCAUCGGUAACGAACGUUUCCGUGCCCCAGAAGCUUUGUUCCAACCAUCUGUCCUCGGUCUCGAAUCCGGUGGUAUCCACGUUACCACCUUCAACUCCAUCAUGAAGUGCGACGUCGACGUCAGAAAAGACCUCUACGGAAACAUCGUCAUGUCUGGUGGUACCACCAUGUACCCCGGUAUUGCUGAUCGUAUGCAGAAGGAAAUCACCGCCCUUGCUCCUUCGUCGAUGAAGGUCAAGAUCAUUGCUCCACCAGAACGUAAAUACUCCGUCUGGAUCGGUGGUUCCAUUUUGGCUUCCCUGUCCACCUUCCAACAGAUGUGGAUCUCCAAGCAAGAGUACGACGAGAGCGGCCCAAGCAUUGUCCACCGCAAGUGCUUCUAA